GACACUUCCGGUAUAUGAGUUUUUCCCCGCGAAGGUGAUUUGGCGCGGAAUCUGUUGUUUUGGUCAGCCUGAAAUUUCUUUACUCAAAUGGCGCCGGUUUCUAAUCCAGAAAAAGACGGGGACGGCGGGGACUACGAUGACGGAGCUGCAUGCGGUCUCGCUGCGUCCCGGUCCAGGCGAGAGAAGAAAGAGAAAGUGGGCCGUAAAUCUGCCUUGGAGCAGAUUAAAAAAGCUAAAAGGGGAGAGAAGGUGAAAUAUGAGGUGGAGGACAUGGAGAAAGUGUAUGAGGAGGUGGACGAGGAUCAGUAUUCACGGAUGGUCCGGGAGAGGCAGGAUAACGACUGGAUCAUUGAUGAUGAUGGAGCAGGUUAUGUAGAAGAUGGAAGAGAGAUCUUUGAUGAAGACCUGGAGGAUACCAGCUUGGAAAAAAGCUCUAAAAACAAACCAAGUAAAGGAGGAGACGGGAAGAAUGCUAAGAAAGCAUCUGUGAGUAAACCCAACAGCAUCAAGAGCAUGUUUAUGAACAGCAACGUCAAAAAACCUGCCGAGAAAAAUGUGGACAUCACCAAUGAUGAACUGCUGGGAGACAUUUUGGAGGAUCUCCACUCUGAGAAAUCAGUGCAUCUUACUCCUCCACCUGUCAUCACCUUGAAGAAGAGAGCUGUAGGAUCACCCAGGAACCGUUUUGCUGUCCAAUCACAAACCCCCAAGGAGUCACCUGUAGCCUCUGCCUCAAAGCCCAAAAAUGCUGUGAUUCGCCCACCUUCGUCUGACCUCACACCUAAACCUGCGUCUAAACCUGCGUCUAAACCCGCCUCCUGUCUCCACCCCCAGAAACCCAAAGUGGAGGAACCUGAGGAAGCGUGCGACUCGUUAGAUUUUGAUGAGGUGGACUUUGAUGAGCCUAUGGAGCUGGGGACCAAGCAGCAGCAACAGGAGGAAACGACAGUUAAAGUGGAGACGGAACCUGAGAUGAAACCUGCUGUUAAGUUGGAGCCAAAAACUGAACCUGAGGAUGAGUUGUUGAUAUCAGGCAUGAUGGGUGGCUCCUGUUGGGGGAAGAUGGAGGAGGAUGAGGGUGAUGAAUCUCCUGUGGAGGUACAAGUGGACUCAAGUCAGUUGCCAAUGGUGGAAGGACCUGAUGGAGAAACGGUGUUCCGCUUUUAUUGGCUGGAUGCUUUCGAGGAUCAAUUCAACCAACCAGGUGUGGUUUACCUGUUUGGGAAGGUGUGGAUUGAGUCUGCAAAAGCCCACGUCAGCUGCUGCGUAGCUGUGAAGAACAUUGAACGGACGAUGUACUUCCUGCCGAGAGAACGAAAAGUAAACCUGGUGACUGGUGAGGUGACCGAUGUUCCGGUUGGAAUAAUGGACGUCUACCAGGAGUUUAGCAGCCUGUCGGAAAAAUACAAAAUAAUGAAGUUUAAGUCCAAGAAAGUGGAGAAGAAUUACGCCUUUGAGAUUCCGGAUGUGCCGACCCAGUGCGAAUACCUGGAAGUGCGAUACUCAGCCGAGAUGCCCCAGCUACCGUCCGGUCUGAAAGGUUCAACGUUCUCCCAUGUGUUUGGUACAAACACCUCCAGCUUGGAACACUUCCUUCUCAGCAGGAAGAUACGAGGUCCCUGCUGGCUUGAUGUUAAGACCCCGCAGCUGUGCAGUCAGCCCAUGAGCUGGUGUAAAGUGGAGGCCAUUGCUUUGAAAAGUGACCUGAUCUCAGUGGUGAAGGACAUUCCUCCUCCUCCGCUUGUCGUCAUGUCCAUCAACUUGAAGACGGUUCCCAACCCAAAGACCCAUCACAACGAGAUCGUGUCUCUGGCUGCUCUUAUUCAUUACAAGUUUCCUCUGGACAAGGCACCUCCACGCAUCCCUUAUCAGACCCAUUUCUGCGUGGUGAGCAAGCCCACAGAUUGCAUCUACCCCUAUGACUUCAAGGAUGCAGUUAAGAAGAAGAAUGGCAUUGUUGAGAUUGCAGCAACAGAACGCACACUUUUGGGCUUCUUCUUAGCCAAGUUGCACAAGAUCGAUCCUGAUGUUUUGGUGGGUCAUGACAUCUUGGGCUUUGACCUAGAAGUACUGCUGCAGAGAAUCAACAUGUGUAAGGUGCCUUUCUGGUCCAAAAUAGGCCGACUGAGGCGAGCCAACAUGCCCAAACUCGGAGGCCGAGGUGGGUUCGCGGAGAAGAGCGCCGCCUGUGGACGACUCGUGUGUGACGUUGAGAUCUCUGCUAAGGAGCUGAUUCGCUGUAAGAGUUAUCACCUGACUGAGCUGGUAGCACAGAUCCUGAAGACAGAGCGAGUUGUACUACCUCCUGAGAACAUCAGGAACCUCUACAGUGACUCUCCUCACCUCCUCUACCUGUUGGAACUCACCUGGAUGGAUGCCAAGCUCAUCCUUCAGAUCAUGUGUGAGCUUAAUGUGCUUCCCCUGGCGCUGCAGAUCACCAACAUUGCCGGAAAUGUCCUGUCUCGGACACUGAUGGGCGGCCGCUCGGAGAGGAACGAGUAUCUGCUGCUUCAUGCCUUCCAUGAGAAGAACUACAUCGUUCCAGAUAAGCAGUUCAUGAAGAAGCAGCAACAUGAGCCUGGUGAGGAGGAUGACAUUGAGGCUGGGAAGAGCAAGUCUGGGAAGGUGAGGAAAAAGGCUGCGUAUGCUGGAGGUCUGGUGUUGGAACCCAAAAUUGGUUUUUAUGAUAAAUUCAUUCUGCUGCUGGACUUCAACAGUCUGUAUCCGUCCAUCAUCCAGGAGUUUAACAUCUGUUUCACUACAGUUCAGCGAGAGGCGUACAGCUCACGCAAAAAGACGGAGCAGGGUGAUGAUGCGGAUGAGAUUCCGGAGCUUCCGGACCCGGAUCUGGAGAUGGGCGUCCUUCCAAAGGAGAUUCGUAAACUGGUGGAGCGCAGACGGCAGGUCAAACAGCUGAUGAAGCAGCCUGAUCUGAAUCCUGACCUUUACCUGCAGUAUGAUAUCAGACAGAAGGCUCUGAAACUGACCGCUAACAGCAUGUACGGGUGUCUGGGCUUCUCCUACAGUAGAUUCUACGCCAAACCUCUGGCUGCUCUGGUCACACACAAAGGUAGAGAGAUCCUAAUGCACACCAAAGACAUGGUUCAGAAGAUGAAUCUAGAUGUGAUUUACGGAGACACAGACUCCAUCAUGAUCAACACUAACAGCUGCAAUCUAGACGAGGUCUUCAAACUGGGCAACAAGGUGAAGAGUGAGGUGAAUAAACUGUACCGACUGCUGGAGCUCGACAUCGAUGGCGUGUUCAAGUCCCUGCUGCUGCUGAAGAAGAAGAAGUACGCCGCUCUGAUGGUGGAGCCACAGGGUGAGGGCCGCUACACCACCAAGCAGGAGCUGAAAGGGCUGGACAUCGUGCGCAGGGACUGGUGCGACCUCGCCAAGGAGUGCGGCAACUACGUGAUUGGUCAGAUUUUAUCAGACCAGAACCGGGACACGAUCCUUGAGAACAUCCAGCAGCAUCUGAUCGAGGUUGGGGAGAAGGUGGCCAACGGCAGCGUCCCUCUCGGCAUGUUCGAGAUCCACAAGGCCUUGACAAAGGACCCUCAGGACUACCCGGAUAAAAAGAGUCUUCCUCACGUGCACGUGGCCCUGUGGAUCAACUCUCAAGGAGGACGCAAGGUCAAAGCAGGAGACACCGUGUCCUACAUCAUCUGUCAGGACGGCUCGAAUUUAGCAGCCAGCCAAAGGGCGUAUGCUCCAGAGCAGCUCCAGAAGCAGCCGGGUCUGAGCCUGGACACACAGUACUACCUCUCACAGCAGGUUCACCCUGUGGUGGGGCGAAUCUGUGAGCCCAUCGAGGGUAUCGAUGCUGUCCUGAUCGCCACAUGGCUGGGGUUCAAUAUGAUGUUGGUCCACCCUUUGCAGCUAUAACAGCUUCAACUCUUCUGGGAAGGCUGUCCACAAGGUUUAGGAGUGUGUUUAUGGGAAUUUUUGACCAUUCUUCCAGAAGCGCAUUUGUGAGGUCACACACUGAUGUUGGAUGAGAAGGCCUGGCUCUCAGUCUCCGCUCUAAUUCAUCCCAAAGGUGUUCUAUCGGGUUGAGGUCAGGACUCUGUGCAGGCCAGUCAAGUUCAUCCACACCAGACUCUGUCAUCCAUGUCUUUAUGGACCUUGCUUUGGUCACUGGUGCACAGUCAUGUUGGAAGAGGAAGGGGCCAGCUCCAAACUGUUCCCACAAAGUUGGGAGCAUGGAAUUGUCCAAAAUGUCUUGGUAUGCUGAAGCAUUCAGAGUUCCUUUCACUGGAACUAAGGGGCCAAGCCCAGCUCCUGAAAAACAACCCCACACCAUAAUCCCCCCUCCACCAAACUUUACACUUGGCACAGUGCAGUCAGACAAGUACCGUUCUCCUGGCAACCGCCAAACCCAGACUCGUCCAUCAGAUUGCCAGAUGGAGAAGCGCGAUUCGUGACUCCAGAGAACGCGUCUCCACUGCUCUAGAGUCCAGUGGCGGCGUGCUUUACACCACUGCAUCCGACGCUUUGCAUUGCACUUGGUGAUGUAUGGCUUGGAUGCAGCUGCUCGGCCAUGGAAACCCAUUCCAUGAAGCUCUCUGUGCACUGUUCUUGAGCUCAUCUGAAGGCCACAUGAAGUUUGGAGAUCU